UUCAAGGAUUAUUUCCAUCACCACACAGAGAGCCAACACUGACGUGGCAACAACAGACGAUCCCGAGAUGAAUGUAACGUAGGUUUGUUUUAUUCGCCAUUUAUAAUGCUAAUGAUAAAAUCACUAAUAUCGAUUACUUUUUCAACACAAUAACAGAUCACAAACGACAGAGAAUAAAUGCAAUUGUUUUACUUUAUAUAAUUAUUACAUUUGUGAUAGUGCCUCUAGUAAAGUGUUUCAAUAGUCCAAGAAUGUGACCAGUUGAGCUAAAGGCUAUGUUAUACAUGAAAGGAAUAUAGUUAUUUUUACUAUUAAAAAAAUUAGAUUAGAUUAAAAAUAGAUUAUCUCCUGUUGCGAUUCUGUGUGUUUUAGAGAUUUGCUUGUAAAACAUGUAGAAUGGAGUAAUAUUUCCUACAUUAAAGUGUAAUGGUAUGAUAAAAAAAAACACGCUAUUCACCUAUAAGUUAGUUUUAGACUGAGUGGUAACACAAACAUCAAUAACAUUAUCUGGUCUGUAUAACUACUGGCCGCUGGAAAUCUUUCGACUUGUUGUACAUUUGGAAAUGAACACGUUCGCGGCGAAUGUGACGUUUAACCUGGGCUCAAGAUCAACGAACGUGACUGGAGAUGUCAAACCAAUGGACGUCACAGAGGGGAGUUCAGAUUCCGAGAUGGAUGCCGUUGAAACAUCCGAAUUCGAUGUCAGCCGACCAGACCGAGAGAUGCCGAAUGAAGUACAGGAAACAUCAUUGCAAGAUGUGUCCGUGGUGCACGUGUCAAAUGACACCCCAAUCCGGUACGAGAUAGUUGAGGACGGUUCUACUCGUGGUGCCCUUAAGUUUGUUUCAUAUGGUGGCUAUGCCUACGUAAAGAAGAGAGAACUGAUCAACGGGACGAUAGACUGGCGUUGUACUGUCCGAGGGAGAAACACUGGUUGCCCAGCCACAGUCAAGCAGAGCGGUUCCGAAUAUCGACCAACUGGAACCACAGUCAAGCAGAGCGGUUCCGAAUAUCGACCAACUGGAACACACAACCAUCAGCCUAAACCAGUACUCAUAACUGCUGUGAAAAUCCAGGCUGAGGUGAGGACAAUCGCUAAGCAGUAGAUGUUUUAGUCAGCCAAUAUAUUGGUGAGAGACGUAACCAGCCGGCAUCAAUAUCCAGAACAACCUGAAGCCGCCCGUACCAGCCAGGAGGU